AUGUCAUCCGCACGGGCGAUGUGGUACGUUGCGGGGACGAAGAAGUCCCCUAACGGCACGCUCUACUUAAACUGCAACGUCAAGCCGGGCGCCAGCAAACAGCGCGAAGGGAUCGCGUCAGUAGGCGAUGAUGCAGUCGAGAUAUGUGUUGCAGCACAGGCGCGAGAGGGUGAGGCAAACAAGGCGGUUAUCAAGGUUCUCAGCGAGGUUCUCGACCUUCCCAAGUCGGACUUGCAGAUCACCCAAGGUCUCAAGUCCCGCAACAAGACAGUAGCGGUUUCAGGCGGCUGGAUCAACUCGGGUGAGGAGGAGUGUUUGAAGCGGGUUCGGCAGUACCUUGAGAAGGCCAUGAACGAUGCUUAG